CCGGACGCUAAAUCCCGACGCACAAAUCGAGAAUGGACCAUUCUUUUAACUCAUCCAAACUCGAGAUAUUCGCCAGGAAAUCCACAGAAAAGUUCCAGAAGCAUCUUUUCAUUUAUAUUCUAUAAUACUGGCAAGCUCAAGACGUAAAAGAGCACUUUAGGAUAAGUCAUUCUGCUUUCCCCUGUCAACUUUGAGCCUGAACUACUUGGGCUCGCUUAUCGUCACUUCCGGUAAUCAAACUGUGAAUUCCGGAAACUGCACGCGCCGAGCGGGGAGGGUUCUUGCGGCGGUUGUGCUGCCAUGGGGCGGAGGAGAGCCCCGGCCGGUGGGUCGCUGGGACGGGCCCUUAUGCGCCAUCAGACUCAGCGGAGCCGAAGCCAUCGUCACACUGACUCCUGGUUGCACACAAGUGAACUCAAUGAUGGCUAUGAUUGGGGUCGUCUUAAUCUUCAGUCAGUGACUGAACAGAGCUCUCUUGAUGACUUCCUUGCUACUGCCGAACUCGCAGGAACAGAGUUUGUUGCUGAGAAACUCAAUAUUAAGUUUGUGACGGCUGAGGCUAGAACUGGACUGCUGUCUUUUGAGGAGAGCCAGAGAAUUAAGAAGCUCCAUGAAGAAAACAAACAGUUCUUGUGUAUACCAAGGAGACCAAACUGGGACAAAAAAACUAGCCCAGAAGAACUCAAACAGGCAGAGAAAGAUAACUUUCUAGAAUGGAGGCGUCAGCUUGUCCGGCUGGAAGAGGAACAAAAGCUGAUACUGACUCCAUUUGAACGAAAUUUGGACUUCUGGCGCCAGCUCUGGAGAGUCCUUGAGAGAAGUGAUAUUGUGGUCCAGAUAGUAGAUGCUCGAAACCCACUCCUGUUUAGAUGUGAGGAUCUGGAAUGUUAUGUGAAAGAAAUAGAUGCCAAUAAGGAGAACAUCAUUCUGAUCAACAAGGCAGACUUGCUGACUGCUGAGCAGCGGAGUGCCUGGGCCACACACUUUGAAAAAGAAGAGGUGAAGGUUAUUUUCUGGUCAGCUUUGGCCGGAGGCAUUCACCUGAACGCUGACUCUGAGGAAGAGGUAAACAGAGAUGAUAGACAAAGCAACACAACUGAGUUUGAAAACUCCAGCUUCGACGAGGCUGAAAUUUCACACAGUGAGACUGAACAUCUCCCAGCCAGAGACUCUCCUUUACUGAGUGAAAAUCCCACUACUGAUGAAGAUGACAGUGAGUAUGAGGACUGUCAGGAGGAAGAGGAAGAUGACUGGCAGACGUGUUCAGAAGAAGACAGUCCUGAUGAAGAGGACCGUGGCCAGGACUGGAAGGAAAGCUGUAUGACAGAUUCUGAGGCUCCGGGCAGGAACACCCCGCAGAAGAGGCAGAUACACAACUUCAGCCAUCUGGUAUCAAAGCAGGAGUUACUAGAGCUUUUUAAGGAGCUACACACCGGGAAGAAAGUGAAAGAUGGGCAACUUACAGUCGGACUGGUGGGCUACCCUAAUGUUGGUAAGAGUUCAACAAUCAACACCAUCAUGGGCAACAAGAAAGUAUCUGUGUCUGCCACACCUGGUCACACGAAGCACUUUCAGACACUCUACGUGGAGCCUGGCCUCUGCCUAUGUGACUGCCCAGGCUUGGUGAUGCCAUCUUUUGUGUCUACGAAGGCAGAAAUGACUUGCAGCGGAAUCCUCCCAAUUGAUCAGAUGAGAGAUCACGUUCCACCUGUAUCAUUAGUUUGCCAGAAUAUUCCAAGACAUGUUUUAGAAGUUACCUAUGGGAUUAAUAUCAUAAAGCCUGGAGAGGAUGAAGACCCCCACCGGCCUCCAACGUCAGAAGAGCUGUUAACAGCUUAUGGAUAUAUGCGAGGAUUCAUGACAGCGCAUGGACAGCCAGACCAGCCUCGAUCUGCGCGCUAUAUCCUGAAGGACUAUGUCAGUGGUAAGCUGCUGUACUGCCAUCCUCCUCCUGGAAGAGAUCCCAUAACUUUUCAGCAUCAACACCAGCGACUCCUAGAGAGCAAAAUGAAUGGUGAUGAAAUCAAAAUGCAGCCAGGCAGAAAUAAAAAAGCAAAGCAGAUUGAAAAUAUUGUUGAUAAAACUUUUUUCCAUCAAGAGAAUGUUAGAGCUUUGACCAAAGGAGUCCAGGCUGUGAUGGGUUACAAGCCCAGGAGCGGGGUGGUGACUGCGGCUACUGCGAGCUCUGAGAAUGGGGCAGGGAAGCCCUGGAAGAAACAUGGCAACAGAAAUAAAAAAGAAAAAAGUCGUAGACUCUACAAGCACCUGGACAUGUGAAGUUGGGCUACAACAGAAUGCCAUCUGCACUGUGCAGAUGGGAAAGAGCAGAAGCCGCUGGCUGCCUAUGGAACUAUUCCAAGACACUGGCACUGUAGAAGGGGCCUGCUCUUGGGGAGCACAGCUGCACCCGACAGUCUUCGUGUCAAGACUGAGGGCCUCCUGGAAACACCAGAUCUCACUAGAAGGAGUUAUUGGGGAGCCCUAGAAACCUCCUGGCAGCGCAGCGCUUCACGUGCCAACAUGGUGAAACUUCAGUGAACCUCCAUCUCUACUAAAAAUACAAAAAAAAUUAGCUGGGUGUGGUAGUGUGCACCUGUAAUCCCAGCUACUCGGGAGGCUGAGGCAGGAGAAUCCCUUGAACCUGGGAGGCAGAGAUUGCAAUGAGCAGAUACCGUGCCAUUGCACUCCAGCCUGGGUUACAGAGUGAGACUCCAUCACAAGAAAAAAAAAAUAGCAAGGGAUAGUUCAUGAGACACAUUUGGGACAAAGGUGAAACAGAAAUUCCCCAUUCCGAAUGCCCUCGUUGGGUUCCUCAGACUCUAAACAAGGGACUUGCGUUCAGUUAGUGGGUAGUGGGGGCUCACUUCCACUGAGGAACAUGUAGACUAUAUCCACUGGGUGACCGGAAGCUGCGGUAUUUACUAACUAGCCCAUCUUCACUGGUUAUUCCACUUAUUUAAAAUAUGUCCAGAAUAAGCAAAUCUCUGUAUAGAGGAAGUAGAUGAGCAGUUGCUUAGGUAUAGGAGGGAAUGGGAAGAUUGAGGCCUGUCUUUUGCAGGAUAAAAAUGUCCUAAAAUUGAUUGUAGUGAUGGUCGUACAACUCUGUGAAUAUGCUUAAGACCAUUCAUUGGUGAAUUACAUAGUAUGUAAAUUAUAGUUCAAUAACAUAGUUACAAAAUACAAUCAGAAGCAUGAAAGCACUACUGAUAAUGGUUUACAUCCGUGUCCUCACCAAAUCUCAUGUCGAAAUCUCAUGUUGGAUGUUGGGCCUGGUGGGGGUGAUUGGAUUAUGGGGGAGAGUCCUCAUGAAUGAUUUGGCUCCAUACCCUCCAUGCUGUUCUUGUGAUAGUGAGGUCUCGUCACAUCUGGUUUCUUCAAAGUGUGUGGCACCUCCCCUCUGUCUCCCUCCUGCUCCAGCCAUAGAAGACAUGCCUGCUUCUCCUUAGCCUCUGCCAUGAUUGUAAGUUUCCUGAGGCCUCCCUAGAAGCAAAAGCUACUGUGCUUCCUGUACAGUCUGCAGGACCUUGAGCCAAUUAAACCUCUUUUCUUUAUAAA